AUGUCUCUCAUUAAAACUAAAGUGAAGCUCUCCCUAAAGGAGAAACUGGACAUCUUCCCAGCCGUGGGAUCUAUCUUCCUCACCUGCAUCUAUGCUCUCCUAACUGGUUUCCGGCGCACCGAACGCCAAGCCAAGACAUUGUCUCUUCAUUUGGGAUAUGCGCUGUUCCGUAAGGCAAGUGCACGGUUGACCGCCACUCAGAUGCAAUAUAUCCUACCAUCAGACCUCAAGAUCUAUGAACGAUACUCCAAGUCGACAGGUAAAGUGCCCGAGUCCGUACAAUUGGGUGAUGGUGCUUUGGGACACUGGGUGGGUGAUAAAAAUGCCGACAAUGUAAUAAUCUGGUAUCAUGGGGGUGGUUUUGGACUCCCCGCCAACAUGGGCUAUUUCAAAUUCUAUGCCCAGCUUGUGCGAGAUCUCAAGGCAUCAGGCAAAAGCGUUGCAGUCUUCAGUCUGACCUAUACGCUAGCCCCAAUUGCAGUCUACCCCACGCAACUUCGACAAGCCGUGAAUUGUCUACGAUACAUUCUCUCGUCAAACCGUGACCCAUCCACGGUUUUCUUGGGCGGCGACUCUGCAGGUGGGAACCUGGUUGGAGGGGUCCUUUCUCACCUGGCGCACCCACAUCCAGAGAUUGAUGCCCUUCCGCUGCAUAGCAACCUGGGAGGCGCAGUCAUGAUCGCACCGUGGACUCUGCUUGAUAAAAAGUUCCCAGGAAUCAAAGUCUACGACGGCGGCGAUAUCAUUACCCAGGCAGUUGCGGAACCGUGGUCGACAGCCUAUAUUGGACCUGGUAAGCGGGACUAUUACACUGAUUUAUCGACUGCGCCGACGGAUUGGUUUACCACCUUCCCAGUGAACACGGUUUUAAUUGCUGGAGGUGGGAAUGAGAUUCUAUUGCCUUUGAUUCAAGACUUCGCAGGGAAAUUCAAAGAAGGAUUUGAGAAUGUGGAGUUGUUUGUUGCUCCAGGGGAGUGUCAUGUUGCGCCAGUGUAUCAUUUGGAGUUGAUGAAUAACACCAAGACGGAGCAGGGGAAGAAGAUUGAGGCAUUUUUGGCCAAGUUGAUGUGA